AUGGCGCCUCUCCAUUCAAAGUUCUUUCGCUGGUGCGCUCUGGGGUCGAAGCGCGACUGGCUCUGCAAUUUCCUCCUGGGGCGAUGCUACAUGACGGGCAUGGGCAUCAUGAAGAGCCUGACACGCGGACUAUCGAUCAUCGAGGACCUUGCCGAUCAAGGCAACGAUACGGCGCAGUUCUAUCUGGGCGGAUUCUACACCCGAGACGGCCCCACCCAGGACCAUGUCAAGUCAGAAAAGUGGCUCCGCAAGUCCGCCAUGUUUGGCAACACCCAAGCCCAGAUGCAGCUGGGUAUGAUGUACAUGCGAGGUAGCGGGCUCCCCAAGGACAUUGAUGCGGCCGUCGUCUGGCUCCGCUCAGCAGCCGAAAAGGGCUGUGCCUCUGCUCAAAUGGCCUUGGGCGGCAUCUAUCUCUCUGGCGACGGCGUGGCCUCCAAUACGGAAGAAGGUCUGAAAUGGCUCCACAGGUCCGCCGAGCAGGGAUUUGCACAGGCCCAGUACGUCAUCGGCAAGCUCUUCCUCGAAAUGGGGGACUCGCUGGAAAAGCAACAGAUAGGUGCCGAAUGGAUGCGCAAAGGUGCUGAAGGGGGAGACGACGAUGCCCAGUACAUGCUGGGCAUGCUUUUCCUUGAAGGCAAACUCUUUGCCCAAGACGAGCACCGUGCAAUCGAGUGGCUCCGCAAGUCUGCGCUGCAGGGACAUGCCAAGGCACAACACGCCCUGGGCGAGUGCCACUUGUAUGGUCAGGGCGUCAUCCCAGACAGAGAGGAAGCACUCAAAUGGCUCUCCAAGGCCGCAGAGCAGGGCCACCCUCCAUCGGUAAUGACAGUCAUGGCGAUGCGAGCCGAGGUCACGGACUAG